GAUAAAUACAUUCAAAAACAUAGCCCCAUUUAUACCAACAUACAAGAUCAAGUUUUCAGCUAUGCAAUAUGGAGAAACCAAAAAGCCGGCUUGAGUUACUGCCCGUCGAAUCGAUACAAGCUAUCCAGUGUCUCAUUAAAAACGUCCCUGAUUUAUCGUCCAUCAUCCUCACGUGCAAAGCCAUGCACAACGCUUUCGUCUCUGCAGACCAACACAUUCUUAAGCAAGUCCUCACUAAUGAGAUAGGGUCUGAGGUGCUACCUGAAGCGUUCUUAGCUGCUCUAAUCUCUCGCCAAACAACCGUCAGUGAUGAUGUCCUCGAUAGUUACCAUAAUCGUUUUAUCGAGAAUGCUCGAAAUAUCAAGCGCAAAGACCAUUUAGAUUUGAGGAUUUGUGAUGCGCUACUCAUGAGCAAUCUCCAUUCUCAUGUUGUCUAUUUCACGAACGAUUUCAUAUCGAAAGCCUUUACAUCUCAAAUUUUCACUGAAGACAUCUCAAUCAUCACAAGGCAACUUCCAGUCUCAGACAAAGAAAAAUCGAGAAUUCAGCGAACAUUUUACCACUUUCAAAUCUAUUGCUAUAUAUUUCACGAAAAGAAAACCUUGUUUCCUGUCCAUUUACAAUCGGAUCAAAAUAAAAUAUUCUUCAAUUAUUUCUCAAUCUGGGAAAACGAACAAUUAGCUUGCGUUCACGAUUAUAUGUUUCGCGUCAUUGCUCCUGGCUUUGAUGAGCUUGUCGACCAUGAUGUGGAAUGGGGCGAAUAUAUGAUGAAUUACGCUUCCUUCGACGACCCUGAAAAUAUGGAACCUCUGAUCGCUCGUGGUCUUUUUGCAGUUCGUAAUAUGGUGGAAGCAAAAGGCUACAAAGAAAUUCGCAAAUCUUACUAUCAAGAUUAUCCGGAGUAUUCGUCAAAUCUCCUUGAUCAUGGGCUUAGGAAUUCCGCACAUGGUAGUGGAGAUGAAUGGCAUUGGCUCGAAGAUUAUUCUAAGGAAGAAGAGGAUAAAUUUAUCAAAAAUCCUGUAUGGUAUGAUGACGAGGACAAGGGACCUGAGCUUGUAUGGAGAUGGGCGCAUCAAUCUUGUGGCAGUGUUGAUUUUGUUCUUUGCGAUAAGCACAGAUUUGAGCGAGAAUGGGGUUACGUGAUGUGGGACUAUAGUCGAAUUUUAGAAUUGGGUGUUACGGAAAGUGAAUGGGAGAGAACAGACGACGCUGAGAAUAACAAAGGAUCACGACCGUCACGAGAAUCCAUGGAUAGGAGAGAGAAAAUCUAUCGCACUGGUGGUAGGGGAUGGUGGAGUGCCGAAGACGAAAGUAAAGUAGUUUGGCCAGACGGCUGUGCGCCAUGGGAUAAGCCUGUAAAGGCCGAGAGAUGGGAUCCUAAAGAUGGAAAAUCAAUUGACGAGGCUAAGGAUUUUAUAAAGAGGUUGAAACUUCCCUGAGAUAGAUUUAUCUUUCCUCACAGCGUAAACCAAAUCACUGGGUAGUGCUCGGUGAACUUUAUGGCCUAGCCUCUCAUCUCGCCGCCAUCAGUCGGACACCCCACUUUUGGGCCACCGCAAAAAUGCCCACUGCAAAAAGGCAUUUCAUUUAUUCAUUGUUUAAUAACUUCACAACGCUUGAAUCAAUUGAUUCGAAUUUUUGAUAUAUCAUUGAUUACAUCAUGUCUAAGGGAUAUACCAAAGACGACUUUAAUUGGGCCUUAUGUGUGGUGGUGAAUGGGCAUUCAGCUCGACAAGUUGCUUCGGAUUUUGGGAUUUUAAGGGUUAUUCUUCAAAAUCAUAUAAAAGGCCACCUACAUCUCACCAAAAAGGUGCACAACAUAUGCAAACGAUAGCCCCGACUCAGGUAGGAAGUGAACAAUAAUAAGAGCCCGAUGUGCUUGGAGGGCAUUGGAAGGGCUCGCGAAGGCUUUAGGGCCGAGUGAUCAGAUUAAUGACAGGAUUUACUAAACUUGAAUUGACAUGGGUCAAACAACUGGAUGCAUUAUGUGGAAGACAAUAGUACAUUUCCCUGAGUUGUAUGCUGGUCCAACUUCAACACGGAAUAGUACUGUGCACCAUACUGAGGCACAGGGUGUGGCUGAACCUUGUGGUAGGAAAGUUAAUAUUUUCAACGAAAAGAAAUUUAAUAUAAAUCCCUAUACAAAUUUUAUUAUAUAUAUAACAAUAAUGAUAUAUUCUCUUCGUUAUCGACA